AUGCUGAACGGGAGUGAACGGAGGCGCAAGAAGCAGCAUUUGAGCAUGUUAAAGUGUUCUCGUUUUGGUUUCGAGGUCGAGGAUGAAACGUGCGGAGGCGACAGCGCCGGAAACGACCGCGCCGGCAGCAGCAGCAGCGGUAGGACGAGCACAGGAGGAUUAACGCGUGUAUCGGGUGACGUGGAGGGAGCUGAAGAAGCCGUGGCCGCCGGUAGUGAUGCCUCUGCGGACGACACAGAAGCGUAUGAUAGGGCGAGCGACGACGAAACGGUGCACGUGGAGGUGCCGCUGGUUUGGCAUUCGGAUUGGGCGGCGUGGCGGGCGUACUUCACGUAG